GUGGAUUUCUUUGCGCCGGCGACUGGCUGAGAGAUAGUUCAAUCUUUUAUAACUCUGUCGCUUUAAGACUCGCUCAUUCCUUAUUCUUGCUUCCUUUCGUUCGCUAGAAGUGCUCCCACUGACCAGGACCAUUUCGUCGACCCAGACGUACUCAACAGCAUCUUCACUUCCUCCUCCGACUCAUAAAAGCACUAGACAGCAUGGCAAAUGCCCGAGGCUUGAAGCAGAUCCUCUCGAAGAACCCCUCUGAUGUUGUCAUCCUAUCCUCCCUGCGAACACCCGUAACGCGAGCAGUCAAGGGCGGUUUCCGAGACGCUUACGACCAUGAGCUCCUCUCACACGUCCUGCGGGCCACACUCGCCGCAAACCCCAACCUAGACCCUGUCAAAAUCGACGACGUUGCAGUUGGCGUCGUCCUGGCUGAACUAGGUGGAUCAAAAGCUGCAAGGAUGGCACAGCAACACGCUGGCUUUCAUGAGCGAACAUCCCUACACACGGUCAACCGAGCUUGCAGUUCGGGGCUACAAGCUGUGACCAACAUAGCACACAGUAUCACCAUGGGCCAAAUCGACGUAGGGGUCGGCGCUGGUAUGGAGAGUAUGACUAAAAACUACGGUAGCAAGGCCAUUCCCACAAUGCUCUGGGAUGAGCUCAAAAACAGUCCAGACGACAACACUAAGGACUGCAUUAUGCCGAUGGGUCUGACGAGCGAGAACGUGGCCAAGAGAUAUGGCGUAAGUCGAGAGGAUCAAGAUACCUUUGCUGUCCAAUCACACCGCAAAGCCUCAAAGGCACAGAAGACCGGAUUGUUUGAUUCUGAGAUCGUGCCUGUCAAGGUCAAGCAGACGGAACCUGAACACCCAGAUGUUCCCAAGGAAGUCGUGGUAGACAAGGAUGACGGUAUCAGACACGAUGCCAGCGCUGAAAAGAUGGCCAAGCUCAAGCCGGCAUUCUCAAACGACGGAUCAUCCACGGCAGGGAACUCAUCUCAAGUCUCAGAUGGGGCAGCCGCGACGUUACUCAUGCGACGAUCCACUGCCAAUGAGCUCGGCUUGAGUAAAGACAUCAUUGGCAAGUGGGCUGGUACGCAAGUUGCAGGAUGCAGACCAGACGAAAUGGGUAUUGGUCCUGCAGUCGCGAUUCCGAAAUUGCUCGACUACACCGGCUUGACGACGGAAGAUAUCAACAUAUGGGAGCUCAACGAAGCAUUUGCCAGUCAAGCUCUGUAUUGCAUACGCAAAUUGGGAUUGGAUGUCGAGAAGGUCAACCCCAGAGGCGGAGCAAUUGCCUUGGGCCAUCCAUUGGGAAUGACGGGCACGAGACAGCUUGCCACCCUGAUGCCUCAACUGAAUGAAGGUGAGGUCGGUGUGGUAAGUAUGUGCAUCGGCACGGGUAUGGGCAUGGCUGGUCUGUUUGUCAGGGAAUAAAAGCCGCAAAGUUCUCUUCUCGGGAAGACCGAAUUAUAGGACUGGGGGAAGCGAUGAGUCAAGAAAGGGGCUUGGGGUCCUGACGGACGAUUGCUCAUGACGCUUUCUCGAUUAAACGAUGGUGCAAGUCACGUCUGGAGCCCUUUUUCAACCUGGAAUCUGUUGAGCUUACAAGAAGACUUUGAGUGCACGAGGAUCUUGUGCUCCAGCAGGACGCCAAAGAGUCUGUUCGGAACCAGAGUUCACGGCUUCCGUACAUUGACACGUACUGACGGUCAUAUGUUUAUACAGCAUUUCACUGCGCUGAGACGGGCAAAAGUAAACCAGCAUCAUCUCUGGAUAUAUAGAUUGACAAGAAUAUAUAGUGUAC